AUGGACCAAGACAGAGGUGUGCCCGAUAUCCCUGGGGAUUUGGUAGCCCCUGAGGUUGCAGAGUACUUGAAGUCGCGAGUGUCGCGGAUCUUGAAAACAAGGUUCAAUUCCUUUCCAGGUUCUCAACCGGUUAGCUUUGCAAGAGAACAUUUGACAACGCUAAAAAACAGAGACUAUCUAGUUUGUGAAAAAUCGGAUGGUUUGCGAUGUUUGCUUUUGGUAAUGAUCAAUGAGGACACUGGAGAGGAGGGGACGUUUCUUAUCAACAGAGAAAACCAGUAUUACAUAGUUCCUGGGUUCCAUUUCCCAAGGUCCAGCAAAAAUUUCGACAGCUCGCAUAAUGGUACUAUCGUUGAUGGUGAGCUUGUUUGGAGCAAAAAUCCAACCACUGGAAUCAGGGAGAUAAGAUAUCUCAUUUUUGAUUGCCUUGCUAUGGACAUGACCAGUGUUAUGCAUAAAAAUUUAUGGAAAAGACUGUACCACGCACAGCAUGAGUUUCACAAACCAUAUAUGGAUCUUCGUCGGGCCUUUCCAGACGCUUGUGCUCAAUUUCCAUUCAAGCUCGAUUUCAAGAACAUGACACAACCGUACAAAAUCCGCAAGAUAUUUCAGGAAAUGAAGAACUUGACGUAUGUUUCUGAUGGUUUGAUCUUGACUUGUUGUGACACUCCAUAUAUUCCAGGGACAGAUAGCAAUCUAUUGAAGUGGAAGCCAGCAGAAGAGAAUACAAUAGAUCUGAAGCUGAAGUUGGAAUUUCCGGUGUACGUUGACGAGUCCUUACCCAAGCACGAUCCUAACCGGGAAUAUUAUGACUACGAUGCGACCCCCACCAUCAAGCUGUAUGUCUGGAAGGGUAAAGAUGAGGCUGAAGACGAAUCCAUUGAAGAGAAUUUGCAACGAAACGACGGAGAAUAUGUGAACAGUUUCAGUGGGUACGAAGAGUGGGAUCAGUUAACGAUUACGAACGAGGAAUGGGAACAACUGAAAAAAUCAGGGGAGUCUUUCAAUGGACGAAUUGCCGAGGUCAGAAGAAACGAGAAAGGUGAGUGGAAACUCCUCCGUUUCAGAGACGACAAGAUUCAUGGAAAUUACAUCACUGUUGUGUCAAAGGUGUUAAAAUCCAUAGAGGAUUCUGUGAGCAAGGAGGAGCUCAUAGCUGCUGAGGAUGAAAUUAAGGCUAGAUGGAUGGAAAGAGAAAAGCUGAAACAACAGUAUGCUCAGCACGCUCAACAUACGCACUCGCAUCAGCCUCAUCAGAAGCCUCAACCCUCCCCUCCUGAGAAACGCAAAAUAGAAGCUCCUCCGAAACCUGAGGACGAUGAUGAAUAUUACGAAUCAGAUGGUUUUGAAGAGUUGCCAACGUAUACCAAAACAAACAGUCCAAAAUAUGGAGACAUGGGACUUCCCAGUAAAAGGAGGCAUGUAUAACUAGUUGUAUAUUAAUGCAUCUCUAUGUACAAUCUUUUUCAAAUGUAAGAAAAGACACAGUUUUUGUAAAGUUCCCGUGGAUUUCCAUUUCCCGAGAGUAAAUACUCCAUUUCGGAUAGUCUGGGCAAAACCUCGUGGAUAUCGUCUUCUCUUGAAAAUCCCCUCUUUUCAAUUUCAUGGGGAAUCACCUUACAUUCCAGCAUGUGCUCCACUAAAGCACGAACUUGUUCUUUGCUCAAUCUCUUCACGUGUAAGUGUUCUGGCUUGCCGUUCCUAACUAGCUGUUCAGUGAAUUUGCGAUCCCACUGAUCAAACGUGGCGUAGUAAUCUGGCUCCCUUAGUCCAAGCGCAACAGGGAUGGUGUCCGUAUCCUUGUGGUCAAACUUUGUUGCUGCAACGAUGGCUCCUUUGUGGAAUGUCUUGUCGCCGCCGAUGAACUCCACAAAAGUUUUCGACAAUUGAAAUUUCUGGAAGUAGAUUGGAUUGUUGUGCUUGUCUCUAUACCUAGUGUUAGCAUAGUGACAAAGGGCACUGAAGUUGUCAAUCGUUAAAAACACAGGAAUGCUUUCCUGAGCGGCAAGUUCGUCCAUCAAAAAUUGAAAGAGAUUAGCACGAUUCACUGCAGGGUUGUACAAAAGUUUUCCCAACACUUCACGCAGAGUAUUCUUCUCUGAAAAGGCAAUAGGCUUUUGAUUCCUGGCCAUGUCAAAUGUAGGAGAAUAUGGUUUAGAAAGAUUCAUCUUGUCGAAAACGUUUUUGUUCAAAGAAAACCACUUCUUGAGCAAAUCCCUGGUGGCCAUUGGCUGUUCAUAUAAUCCUGUUGCACUGUUGUACUUGAAAUCAUUGGAACCGUCGACAAGAGCAUCCAUAUUUGAAAUAUGAAGGAUGACACUGUCCUGUUCCAGUGCUAGAGCAUGGAACUGUGUGAGCAUCGUCGACUUACCAACCCCCAAGUCUCCAGUUAUAAUCAGUCUGUUUUCCUUCGAGGAAGACGACAAGCUCUUGGUGACAAACUCGUGAAUCUGACUGGUCUCAACUUUGCGCGAUAAAGUGAUCGGCCGGGAGUACAGUUCGUUAAAUUGAUUUGGUUUGAAUGCACCAAGGAUAUGUAAUUUCUGAUAGCUUGUUUUCUUGAACUUAACAACUUCAUCAAGAUGCAAAUUUUCAGCAGAGAACACUGGUAACUUCUCGUGAACUUCCUGAUCAGUGGCGCUCCUUUUGUAAUUCUCAGAAACUAGAAGUUUGUUGAAUCUUUUAUCCUUGCCGGAACCUUUUCUGUUUUUGGACGGAUCGUACUUCGUUUUUCUGCUAAACGACUUAGAUUUGUAAACCGCAAACUGGAGCGUGGAGCUCGAAAAGGUACGCCUUUGGGAAAGGUGAGUAAGCCCUAAAGGUCGAAAC